CUGGGACUGGGCCCACUGGGGUGACCGGCUAUUUACUACCUUACGGACUUAAAUACGGCUUUACGUCUUACUGAGGAGAAUUUUUAGAUCUUUUUAUUGCAAUCUUUUUAUAUUUGACCUUGGAUCCUAUGCUAUACGGAAUCAUAGCUUCUUAGUUCUGAGUUAGUUACACACACGCCAAAAGUAACAAGCCUAUAAUAAUUAUGAAGUUUGCAGCGGCCAUAGUAUCCGCCUUUGUAGGAUCCUCCAUCGCGGGUAAUAUUCUCGUGAAGGUGAACUCCUACACUACUUCGAGAUGUGACUGUGAUGUUGGAACCUUCGAGUGCAACCAGCCCAGUUUAACGUCACCGCAGUGCCAGGGUGGAUGUGCAAGUGGAGGUGCCUGGUGCAACCCUUUCCUGCAUGUGUGCAUCGGAACUAAGCCCUCUGGCAGUUGUCCCGAGGUUAAUGACGCUGUCGCGUGCGAUUUGUACAACUCAGCUACCGAUGUGCUGGAAGACGUUCUCACCGCCGACUUUGACUUCUUUGUCAACAUUACGGCCGAUAGCGAUAUACCCAAAGACAUCUUCAUGAAGAUCAGUCCAUUCCACGAUCACGAGGGUGCACCCGAGGCUCUAGGUCAGCCCUCUGUGCAGUGCUUCUCGUUCGACGAUUUCCAGUCAUGGCAGAUAUUUGAUGCACCAGCAGUGGAUGCACUGGUGAAGCUGACAUGCCCUUACGGCUUCUACGGCGGCGAUUGUCAGAUCGCCUGCGAGCCUACCAGUCCCAACAUGUACUGUAACGGUAAAGGUGAACUGAGAUGCAACCCCGGAUUUGGGGGUGAGGACUGCUCAAUAGGGUGCCGUAAUUCUACUAAUGUCUACUGUGAUAGCGCGACUGGGGAAGAUAUCUGUCGCGAAGGUUUCCAUGUUCUGCCAGAUUGCUUAGUUGUUUGCAAAGAAUCAGAGGCGUACUCCUGUGAUAUCGAUGGAAACAAGGUUUGUCACGCUGGUUUUUUUGGCGAUGAGUGUGAUAAAGAGUGCACACAGACCGAAUCGACCACCUGCGAUAAGAAUGGUGAUUUGCUGUGCAAGGCAAACUACUACACAGAGGAUUGCAGCGUGAAGUGCGUCUCUGGCCCAUCUCAUGUGUGCGAUGUCAAGACAGGGCAGAAGGUAUGCAUGAUCGGUUAUGUCGCUAACGACGACCUAUGUUCUUGUGCGCCCGACAACGUGGGAUGUGUAGAGACCGAUUUCAGAGACGCAGCCAUCACUGAGUUGAGCAACGACUCCAUAUCAUCCGGCGGAUCAAUGUCCGCCGGGGCAAUUGUGGGUAUCGUCUUUGGCGUUCUGAUUGCGAUCGCACUAAUAUUUGCGCUUGUAUGCUGUUGCAAGCGCAAGAGAGAAAAGGCCCAGAAGAAGCAGAAAGCCAUGACUCAUGCCCCCCCCGUGAUGGCACGUGCAUAGGUAUAACAUGUUUCGAAAUGCUGGCGAUGGUCUACUCGGUUGUAGACUGUUUAUACAUACCAUUUGUACUAUAUGUCGAUUCGCUCCUACCCACCCAACACACAUACCCGCAGGUAAAUUUGGUCCCGUUACCACUCUGCAUAUUUGUGAUCUUGCUAUAUAUUGACGAGAAAUAUAGCGAGCUAAGCAGAUCCAUAUUCUAAUCGCGCGCCUUUGAAUAAAGUAGAGAAAAACAUAACGGUCCCUUCGGCUACCGCCGCCACACGAACUGGGAUACCAUCACACAAUUCCCUGGUUUGCUUUAGGAAGUCACGCGAGACGGAAUCCUCGUUGUAUCUGCGUGUAUUGUUGUUGGAAGUGUGAAAUUUUAAAUGUGAGAAACAGCUGAGAAAUACGCGGAUGCAGUGCCUUCUAUCAUGCCCUAUAUCUAUGCUCAUUGUUCAGACUAACUACGAUGGAGUAGAGCUCCCCAUAAUAAAUCAAUAUAUUCC